AUGGUCAAGGCAACAAAUUCACCCUUCACCAUGGCAGUCUUGGAAUGCCCUGUACCGUCAAAGUUUUGGUUGCCUCAGCUUGAGCCAUUUGACAGACUUAAGGACCCUCAGGACCACCUCAACACCUUCAAGACGACACUAGGCCUUCAACAGCCUCCUGAUGAAAUAUUGUGUUGUUCAUUCCCUACCACUCUCAAAGGAGCUGCAAGGGAGUGGUUCACAAAGUUACCGACAUCGUCCAUCGACAGCUUUGAGCAAUUGAGCAACGCCUUUUUGAGCCACUUCGUCGGGAGACAACGUCCUAAGAGGCCAACAGACUACUUACUCACCAUUAAACAAAGGGAGAAAGAAACCCUGAGGUCGUACGUGAAACUCUUUACCUGGGAGACCCUGGAGGUAGAUGAAGCUGACGAUAAGAUGAAGUUGACGACCUUUAAGGCGGGGCUAAAGUCCCGAGAGUUCGUGGUCUCGCUAGCGAAGAAUCCUCCUAAGACAAUAGCAGAGAUGCUCUUGAAGGCACAGAAGUACAUGAACGUUGAAGAUGCAUUAACCGCCAUGAAAGAUGUAGAAAAACAGGGAGAUAAGGGAAGGAAGGAUGACGAUCGCAGAGGACAAAAAAGGGAGCGUCCAGAUCGUCAAACUAAUGAUGGGGGUAGAAGGAAAGAUGAGAAAACUCCCAGAACAAUAAAAUUCACUCCAAUAGUUAUGCCUGUUGAUAAAAUUUUGACGCAGAUUAAGGAUGAGCACUACCUCAAAUGGCCAAGGCCGUUACAUUCAUCCUCUAAUGUCCAUGACAAGAAGAAGUACUGUCGAUUUUACAAGGAUAUGGCCACUACACAGAAGAUUGCCGAGAUCUAA